AUGCAGCUUAGCGCCCACGUCACACUGGCCCCGGGGGAUUCUGUCACGACUCCAAUCUCCUCAUCUCCUAUUUCACCCCCCAUUCUUUUGAAUUCCUUUUUUAAUUCUCCCGAUCCUCUCAGCAUGGCGGACAGCAUUAGAUCUGGCCUAUCUAAUAUCCACUCUGCGCUCGACAACCUCGUUAAAAACCCCGGACGACUUGAUAUUGACCGGUCACGUUUCGACAGAGACGCAUCAUACAUUUCUCAUCAGUCGCACAAUUCAACAGCAUCCAUGAGCCCCAAUGGCCCUUCGGACAGGCAAAGCCGACGUGAUCUUCGAAAAUGGCAACUGAGCAAGGACCACGAAGCUUCACGCCCCGAUCAGCAAUUUGACGUUCAGGUCAAUGAAAUGGAGGCCUGCAUAAUUGAGGGAAUCGAAAACAGAACACUGGACGUCCCUGACGGCACAAUUAUGCGCAUUCUCGCGCGAGACACAGUCAGGGAGAACUGGAUGAAACAAGGGAUCUGGAAUAAAGAAUGGGGAAAGACGCCUCAAAUGCGGUGGAUGCAUGAAGCGUCGCCUGAAAUUACUCCUGCACCCGAGAUAGAUACUGGUGCAUUCAGCCACCUCCGAGAUGGGUUGUUCUCGUCCUUUGGAAGUGCGUUGCCGACUGGCAAAAAGAUACAAGAGGGCGGUGAGCGACGAGCCAAACAGAAGACCGGGGACGGGGCAUCGCGCCCAUUUCAGCAAUUCAUCUAUCAAAUAUCAAAGGAGCGCGAACGAGUUCAAAAUGACUCUGACUCUCCAGGUGGCACUGCCCCUGUUCCUACCUCGACAGAUAUCAACACGAAAGCUUACGAGACUGUGAAAGCUAUCUGGGUCAAAAGAGGCAUUUGGAAUGAGGAAUGGGGCAUAUUACCUGGGAUGGCUUGGAAGCAUGAAGGCCCUUUGUGGAUUCCUGAUAACGAUUGUGAUUCGAUACCGAGUCCAAUAAAGCCCAGGGAGCAUGUUACCUUCAAUAUGGAAGAUAAAAUUGCGCUUUUGCAGGAGCCGCUUUUCCAUGAGCCUUUGUCUACUCAAGCAGAUGGUCCCGCUCCAAAUGGUGGCCACGGAACCAGUAAGAGGAAAAGAGCGACCGCUCCUGUUGAAACGAAGAGACCAAGACGAAAGGUUUUCAAAACUACCAAGCCGGAGACAUCAAAUUCCAGGCGCGCAGUGCAUAACUCUACCAACCAAGUGGAUGUGCCUGAUCAAGGGACUCAAGGUACUGGGAGACGUAGGAGCAAACGCUUACAGAAUCAAACUAAAGGUUUUAAAUGA